UUCCACCGGCUCCUUCUCUUUGUCCAUCCUCCUCCUUGUAGAAGCAACAUCCCCAGCAACACCAUGGCCAAUGUUGCCGACACAAGACUCUACGACAUUCUUGGAGUGUCUCCGUCCGCAACUGAAAAUGAGCUCAAGAAGGCAUACCGGAAACUGGCAAAAGAGUAUCACCCUGACAAGAACCCAAACGCUGGUGACAAGUUUAAAGAAAUCAGCUUUGCCUACGAUGUGCUCACUAACCCUGAGAAGAAGGAGCUGUACGACCGGUAUGGAGAGCAGGGGUUGCGGGAAGGAGGCGGGGGCGGCCCCGGGAUGGACGACAUCUUCUCCCACAUCUUCGGCGGCGGACUCUUCGGCUUCAUGGGCGGACAGGCGGGGCGCUCCAGAAACGGCGGUCGCAGGAGAGGCGAGGACAUGGUCCAUCCGCUCAAGGUCUCACUGGAUGACCUUUAUAAUGGGAAAACAACAAAACUACAACUCAGCAAGAAUGUACUGUGUAGUUCCUGUAAUGGACAAGGAGGCAAGACGGGCGCCGUACAGAAAUGCACGGCCUGCAGGGGGCGGGGCAUGCGCAUCAUGAUCAGACAGCUGGCUCCAGGCAUGGUCCAACAGAUGCAGUCUGUGUGUACCGAUUGCAACGGAGAAGGUGAAGUCAUCAACGAGAAAGACCGCUGUAAAAAAUGUGAAGGCAAAAAAGUGGUGAAGGAGGUGAAAAUCCUGGAGGUCCACGUAGACAAAGGCAUGAGACACGGGCAGAAGAUCACCUUUGGAGGAGAAGCCGACCAGGCGCCGGGGGUGGAGCCUGGAGACAUAGUUCUGGUUCUGCAGGAAAAGGACCACGAGACGUUUAGACGAGAAGGAAACGACCUCUCUAUGACCCAUAAGAUCGGCCUGGUGGAGGCGCUGUGCGGCUUCCAGUUCAUGCUGAAGCAUUUAGACGGGAGGCAGAUUGUCAUCAAGUAUCCUGCAGGAAAAGUCAUUGAACCAGGCUCGGUCAGAGUGGUGCGGGGAGAGGGCAUGCCACAGUACAGAAACCCGUUUGAGAAAGGAGAUUUGUUCAUCAAGUUUGAUGUCCAGUUUCCUGAAAACAACUGGAUCAGCCCAGAGAAGCUGGUGGAGCUGGAGGACAUGCUGCCGUCGCGGUCGGAGCCCCCCAUCAUCGCCGGAGAAACGGAGGAGGUGGACCUGCAGGACUACGACGCCAGCCAGGGCUCGUCGUCCGGCGGCCGCAGGGAGGCGUACAACGACAGCUCCGACGACGAGAGCGGCCACCACGGGCAGGGCGUGCAAUGUGCCCACCAGUAAUCUCCAUCCGGCUUCUCAGACAUACACACAUACAUAUAUAUAUAUAUAUAUAUAAAGUCUUUCUAUAUGUAUAUAUACAUAAAAUCCCAAACAUCCUCGUUCUGCAAGUUGCAGAGUGAACAAGGAGCCAAGAAACGUCCAGGUAGUUUCCACAGACACAGAUCCAGAACAUGGCUGCACCUUGUAACUGUUCCCUAACGUCACUCACCUCAAAAUCAUCCGAUCUUUUGUCUGAGGAACUCUGAAUAGUACACCGCACCUAGAUAUGAACGAAGAUUUGUGGAAAUAAGUUUGACGCCCCGCCCACUUCCCCUUCCUGUCCUCUUCCUCCUCUGUUCCAGUCAGAUCCUCUCAUCUGAUGGGAGGAUCCAAGGAGAAGAAGAAACAAAACGCUUCUUGGUUGCAGAGUGUGUGACUUGCAUAUAUAUAUAUAUAUUUUCUUUUGUUUCAUAGUAUUUACAUUAAUUUAAGAACUAACCAAUGUGCACACAGACAAAAAGCAGCUGAGCAGUGUGACAUAAAGAUAAUUUCUCGUUGAUUCACGGACUCAUCCACUCGGCGACAUUAGUAGGAAUUUGUUUCUGAUUUUUACCUUUUUAUUUUCGUUUGUAGGAUUUUUAUGUUUUCUUUCUUUUUACACUUUAAUUCACUGAGAAAUUUGGUUGUGUAUAUCAUUACGGUGGUUGUUGAUGAGCUUCAUCAACAGCUGCAGUUUGAGCUGUAAUUUUUAAGAAAAAUAAAAAAUAAAAAUCAUCAGUGAAACGGGGAAGAAUAGAACAAGCUAUCGUCUGUUUCUGUGCCGAGACCAUCUGCAUGUAAAAAGCUUUGGUUCUUGCACUUACCAAACAAAAUAAAGCAGCAGUCUUCUUAAGAAAUGUCUAUGAAGUUGUUGAAUAAACUGUUGAAAUACCAA